AUGACCAGUGUGAAAACUGGCCUCCUUACACGAGCUUUGCUGGGGCAGCCUUUGACAAUCCCUACAGACAGCUCCCUUGCCUUUGCCCAGCCCUCCGGAUUUGAGGACCUCCGACGCCCCCCCAAUGUUUCGACCCUCAAGGAAUGGGGAGCCUGGAAGUUCCCGCAGGGCAAGUGGAAGGGCCGCAGUUUUUUGGCUGUCUACAUGAAAGAGAAGUCUUUCGUGGCUUGGUACCUUGCACGGGACCACUUCACAUCAGCGUGGGCCAAGAGUUUCCUGGCUUUCUGCAAAGUAGCAGACGGUCUGGUGAAGCAGUCGUACGAUGAUGAAGAAGCAGAGCUGGCUGCGCUCUUUGGUGAUUCCGAUGAUGGUGCUGCCUUUGCUACAGCUGCUGAUGAAAAGGGUGCUUCAUCGGUUCCCUCGGAGUGGCUGUGUGUCCUGUCCGAGAAUCUGGACAAUGAGUGA